AUGGGGUCAAGCAGCUCUGCUGCCAAGCAAGAAACGCUGGCACCAAAGCCUGCUCAGCUGUCACUCCCCAUCCAGAACAGGCGGACGCGUGCCGUUACGCUAAGUGUAGAGCCUCGAGAAGCGGUGGUCGAAGUGGGCACCGGCGCUAGCGGUGCUGGUGUGUGCUUACCCAUCAAAAAUCGCCGCACUCGUGGGGUAAUCUUGGAGACGGCGGAGUUCAAUCCAGACAGAUUGGUUCCACCAAGUUUGAAUGUUGGUAGGGGCCAAGAUGCUUCUGGAGGAGACAUGACGCGACGGGCCGUUCACAACCCUGUUGGACAGUCUUUUGCCACUGACUCGCCCACUGCGCUGGUUCCUAGACUGCCAAGUUCGCCAGCAGCGACUUCAUCUGCAAGAACGUCUUCCGUUCCGGCUUCGCCGUCGGUAAUGUCGCGCAACUCGAGAGUGCACUUUGCCGCAUCACCGGCGUCUGUGGUAGAAAUCACUCCAUACAGUUGGACAUCGCGUUCCUCGGCUUGUUCCCCGACUUCGCCGACGUUCGAUGGGUCACCAACGCGGCCAGCGACGGCGCUUAGCAUCCCACAGCCGGCUUCAGGCCUUUAUGCUAGCGGAAGCUUGCAGCACACUGUGGUCAUUCCUGCGGUGCAGUACGUGCAGCACUAUGCCUGGACGGCACCGUCAGCAGCGGCUCCUGCAAUUCCAGUUGUGUCUGCACCAUCGCUGCCGCUGGCUGGUGCUCCUGUGGCAAAUGUGGCACCCGCAACUGUUGCAGUGUCCUUGCCGAAGUCGAUUGCGCCAACAGCAGCAGCCACGUGGCGCCAGUGA